UUUAUUUUAUUGAACAUUCAAAUUGAAAGCUCUAUCAGCUCUCCGUUUCCAGUCUCCCAUUGUCUCUCUCUUCUUGUUGGUUUCCUGAGAAGAUUCAACUGGAGAAAGGAAGAUAGAUCACAGGGGGUAAUGAGAAGAUAGAACAAGAUCAAAGAGAUCUCUGUAAAAUCACCAUGGAUCAAUCGGGAAAAACACAACAGCAGCAGCAACAGCCCACGUUGGGAGUUGUACCUGGUGGCGGGCAGAUGGGCUAUUCUAAUGCUCCUUACCAAACUGCUCCGAUGGUCACAUCUGGCACUCUGGCAGUAGCUGUCCCUUCACAAACUCAGCCUCCGGCUACUUUCUCUAGUUCUCCACAUCAACUUGCCUACCAACAAGCUCAGCACUUUCACCACCAACAGCAGCAGCAACAACAGCAGCAGCUUCAAGUGUUCUGGGCUAACCAGAUGCAAGAAAUCGAACAAACAGUAGACUUCAAGAAUCACAGUCUCCCACUUGCUCGGAUAAAGAAGAUAAUGAAAGCGGAUGAAGACGUGCGGAUGAUAUCAGCAGAGGCUCCUGUAAUUUUUGCAAAAGCGUGUGAAAUGUUCAUCUUGGAACUGACUUUACGCUCUUGGAUCCACACAGAAGAGAACAAGAGGAGGACACUACAAAAGAAUGAUAUAGCAGCUGCAAUUUCGAGGACUGAUGUCUUUGAUUUCUUAGUCGAUAUUAUUCCGAGAGAUGAGCUGAAAGACGAGGGACUUGGGAUCACCAAGGCCACUCUUCCUUUAGUUGGCUCACCUGCUGAUAUUCCAUAUUACUAUGUCCCACAGCAUCCUGUGGGAUCACCGGGGAUGAUAAUGGGAAAACCAAUUGAUCAAGCCGCUGCAUUGUAUCCAGGCCAGCAGCCUCGACCGCCCAUGGCUUUCAUGCCAUGGCCUCAGGGUCAGCCACAGCAGCAGCAAUCCGAACAGCAGCCAAGCGAUUCGUGAUUCGCCAACACAUUGUAAUCGGUUCGUUGCAGUGACAUUUCCGAUAGUCGGAAAUUAAAUCAAGCACUGCUUUAUCCUGUAGUUAGGUUGUUUUAGCGGUAGGUUAGGCACAAGCUGUAACAUUGAGAGUGGAUGUUGCUUUAACAUGUCAUUUGCUGUUUGGUUUUAUGAUGUUUCCUUGUAAGAAUCAUGUUGAUGGCCAUGGAAUUAUAACUAUAUUUGCUUGAGUGGGUGUUGCUCCGAA